UCAAUUUUUAGGCUCGUGAGAAUGACAUCCUAUACAAUGGAAGGAGGUGGAAGAUCACGUGACUUUUAUACCUCUAGCACGUCAUUUCCGCUUCGUCUCAUUAUGUCUACGUUACUCUUGAGUUUUCAAAUCUCAUUGAAUUCAAGAGCUUUAGCACAAGCGAAAACGAAAGCAAGCUGCAACAUUUCAAGUGUCAAGGAGAAUGAACCUGCAGCAUUGACAUGCGUCUUCAGCUCCGAUAUCAGUGUUACUAAAGACAACUUCGAAGUGGUCCGUCCUGAUGGCAAAGGCUCUAAUGUUGCAAGUUGCACCUGGACAAACGGCGAACUGGAGUGUACCACAGCCACAGGGUUCGACGUCAACAAAACAGUCACAGAUCACGUGAUCAUCAGGUUAUCACAAGCCACACCUGCUCACACCGGACAAUACGCUUGUCGUCUGCAAGGCUCUGAUGACGGCGGCUUCACGCACUGUGAUUUUGUCGUCAUGCCAGGAGAUCCACACGACGACUCUUCCGCAGGUGUAGCUGCAGCGGUUGUUAUUCCACUGCUGGUGUUGAUAGUCUUAGUAGCCGCCAUUCUUUUUGUACUGUGGAGAAAAGGUAAAAUAACCCGCACACAACCAUCAUCUCCGAAGAGGAAGCAAAGGAUGUCUAGGGAGUAUAAAAGGACACCGCUCACGCGUGCUCGGGACGCAGUGAAGGAAAGCGGCCACUCCAGCUCACGUAGCGCUGAGCUAUUUUAA